ACGAUGUGUGAGAGAGAGGGCGUGAGUGGGGGGAAGGGGGGCAGAACACUUACAGCAAGCUCUCAAAGCUGCGCCCAGUGGGAUGGAUUGAAACGGUCAUCUUUACUGCAAGGAAAUGUUAUGGAUUAGCCCAUUCAUUUUUUAUUGAAAAUCUUCGCAGCGGAUGAGUUCUCGAAAUAAGUUUUCCACCAAAGAAGGGUGAGAGGGAGAACGGCGAAAGACUAUACUGGAUACACUUGCAAAAAUCGCUCCACAGGAAUCGGUCUGUGCCUUCAGCCCACGAUAGUAGGCUAUAUCCGAGAUGAGACAUCCGUUUGUGAAUAAAUAACUCCGUGAGAAAAAAAAUACUGUAAAGCCACUGCCCAUUUGCGACACCAGCAUAAGCCAUGGCUCUCAGUCCAGCCAUCCUAUUCCUCUUGUCCCUAAUCAGCUGUGGGUCGACCGAAUCCGACCCACUGCCUCCACUGGGCUGUGGUUCCUCCGUGGACGCCCCGUAUCAGGUGCUGUGUGACCUGGAGUCUGUGUGGGGGGUGGUCCUGGAGGCCGUGGCGGUUGGCGGUGCGGUGACAGCCCUGGUGCUGGCCCUGGUGCUGGUGAGCCGGCUGCGGUACGUGUACGAGCCCGAGCGCCGCUGCGGGGUGGGCGCCCUCCUCCUGCUGCUGGGGGGGACGGUGGGGCUCUUUGGCCUCUCUUUUGCCUUCCUGGUGGGCCGCGGGGAGGGUCUGUGCGUGGUGCGGAGGGGCCUCUGGGGGCCGCUCUUCGCCCUCUGCUUCUCCUGCCUGCUGGUCCAGGCGCUGAGGCUCAGGAGGCUGGCGGCAGGGAAGCGCAGCCCCUCAGGGGGGUCGCUGGCCGGUCUGGCCGUGGGGCUGAGUCUGGUGCAGGGCGUGAUCGCGGGCGAGUGGCUGCUGCUGACGGUGGUGCGCGAGGGUCACGCCGCCUGCGACUACCUGCCCCUGGACUUCACGCUGGCCUGCAGCUAUGCGCUGGGACUGCUGCUGAUGGCUACCGGGAUGUCUCUGGGCGUGGUGCUGUGUGGAGGGGGCCGGUCCGAGACGCAACGGCGCAGGUGGAGAUGUAACGGCGUCUGGCUGUUCCUGUCCUGCCUGGCCUCGCUCAUCCUCUGGGCGGCCUGGCUGGGCUUCUAUCUCUACAACGACCUGGUGGCCGAAUCGGCGCUGCACGACGGGCGACCGGACUGGGAUGAGCCCGCGCUGGCCGUCGCCUUAGUGACGGAAGGGUGGGCCCUGCUGCUGUUCCACGCCAUCCCCGAGGCUCACCUGUGUCUGCGGCAGGAGGCUCAGUUCAGCAUGGCGGCGCCGGACUUCUACGACCCCCCCAAUCAGUCAUCCUCUCAGCUCCAGGACCAAGGCUUUGAGGAGGAUGAACGAGCCCAGGCACAAAGAUCUGCAUUUGCAGACAACCAGGCCUUCACCAUAGAGGAACACAGUGCAGCUCUUAGAUCUGGUGCGUACCAUAAUGGCCUGGCAGGAUCUCGGCAGGGCCUGCCGUUCCGCAGUCACGUGUACCAGCCCACGGAAAUGGCUUUGCUGAUGAACAGCGGAACAAUCCCAACCGCUCCUCCAAACUUCACAGGCAGGCAGCUAUGGUGAGAGUGGAAGAACUGGUUGGAGUGAAAAAAGCCAGACACUCAGGAUACUACUUUUCAGAAGGACAAUCAUUUUCAAAGGGACAUUUCAAUAUUGUUACUUCAGUGAUGUAAUGAAUGGCUUUCUCUUUUUUAUGGGAGAUUUUUUGUCAUGUGUAUUUGAAUCUUGAAAUAUUGCCCUCAGCGGCUACCUUUUUUCUGCAACAGCAAUUCCACAUUCCUUACAAUUUUACAUAGAUGUUGCGUAGAAGUGUUGUUUUUUUAACGCUUUGUGAUUUGAAGGUAUUGCACAGAUUUGAAAACUUUCCUAUGAGGGAUGUUGUGAAUUGCACUUUAUGAUGAAACUGAACAAUCCCCAUGUCAACUCACACUGAAUGUAUAUAAUGUUUAUUACUGAAUGUAUUUCUGCAACAGAACAUAAUGAAUAUAUGAAAUAAUAUAUCGACAUCAGGUGCAUGAUUUGUUCCAUCAGUUUUGAAUUCGGGUAAGUUCUCUUACCAUAGUAGUCUACCAACACUGUAUAAUGUCAGCAGAACCUAGGUUAUAUUAAUUUGUUGGAGUCUAAAACGGAGGGUUUCUGUUAAUGGUGCAAGUGCAAGAGUAUUAGUUGACUACUUGGGCCUGUGCCCUGAGCCCCAGCACAAAGGCUACAUACAUACACAAUGAACAGCUUGAAGUAAAUAAACUUGAAAUAAAUUAUGCUAUAUUAAA